UUGCCCGCCACUUAAUGCUCAUUAGUAAUGGAGAUUCAGCCAUUGACAUCCUGAAAGAAAGUCUUGUUGAGCUAAAGGAAGAAACUAUCACAAUUUUCGGAAGCCGCUUCGAAGAAGAUUCGUCGGAUGCAUAUAACUAUAGAAUUUUGAGUCGUAUUAUUCUUUGCAUGGAGAGGAACUGCACCCUGAUAUUAAAAGACCUGGAAAACAUCUAUGGCAGUUUGUAUGAUAUGUUGAACCAGAAUUACGCCGUUGUCGGCAACACCAAGAAUUGCCGUGUAGCUCUUGGAGCUUAUAGCAACCCGAUGUGUCAAGUAAACGAAGGAUUUCGUUGCAUUGUUCUUGUUGAUCAAGUGGACUGUUCUGACCCACCAUUUCUUAACAGAUUCGAAAAGCAGCUUCUACGCUUUUCUGACGUGCUUACCAUUGACCAACAGAAUAUUAUUACCAACCUCAGGCACUGGGUUCUGGGAAUGUCCAGAGUGAAAGGAUUGGAAUCACAUUUUAAGGAGAUAGACAUGUUCAUUGGUUUCUACGAAGAUACACUGCCAUCUUUGGUUUUAUCUCACGGCCGUGACACAGAUAGCUCAACUUUGGAAAAAUGUAAAGAUGAAUUGAUGUGGAUUGCGUCCCCUGAUGGCGUGCUUCGGACAAGAAAAUGCACAUAUUUGAACGAGGAUUCACAGCAGGUCGAGAAAUUGAGGAAAAAGUAUUUCAAUGGACUAAUUCACCAAGGUUUCUCUGUCUUUGUGGAACACGUUAUCAGCCAACCAGAAUCAUCUUUCUUUGCUGGUGAUGAAAUAAGCUCCAAAAUGAUCGUCAUGACAUUUGCCAACAUUCAUACAGAUAUUCGUCAGUGUUUGGAGGCAAGCUUGAAGUUGAAAUGCCAAGCUGAACGGCUUGGUGCAUAUAAAUCUGAAAAGCAACUGACUGAAAUGAUCAACAAAUAUUGGAAUGCACCAGAAAAGGAGUUAUUAGUUUUGCAGUGUAAACCAGAUUUGGAUGGUAAACAUCUAUUACUUGCACGCUUCAUUAUCGAAGAGGAAAGAAAUGCCUACAAGCGAGGAUUAACAGGAAAGAAAGCACGAGGGAAGAAGCAUGUUUGUAUUGUUGUACACGUUCGACGCGGAGAAGAAGCAGAUGUUUCCUGGCAGUUUAAUUUCGUUAGUCGUUGGAGACUAGUAUUCCUUGACGUCCUUGAACCACCCCCAAUUCCACUGAAUGAAAUACUUGGUAAAAGCGUCAAAGAGCUUCUUUCAUCUUCCAUAUGGCCACUCAAGAAAAUUGCACAAAGCCAACUCUUAUGGUGUUUCACCUGCCUUAAAUAUACCAGUAUCCAACGACCUUUGCGAACUGUUUUUCACAUUGCAAAGAAUCUCUUGAAAUCAGAAGCGGUUUCGAAAGUAAUCAAGCAAUUAAUUUUGGAGUCAAUUGACCUAAAAGCAUCAAAACAUCAGGGUACAUACUCUGAUUGGCAGGUUGAGGUUGCUUGUGACCGCCAGGCGUUAGUUAAUUCAUCCACUCUUUAUUAUGCCAUGAAGCAGUUUGUGUCCCGGUUAGUCCGAAACCCACUGUGUAAAAUUGUUUAUUUCUUGGAAAAGGAAAAUGCAUGGCCACCUCAUCUGACUCAAGAGCCCAAUGACAUCAUGAAAACAAAAUUGGAAGACUUAUGGUGCCAAUUGCUCGUUGAAACCAAAAUUUUUAAAAUGUCGGAUAUCCCAGAGCUACUUGGAGCGGAAUCAUGCGUGGUUGAAAGCACGAGCCUAGAUCUAAGCCUACCUUUUAGCCAACUGGUAAGCAGAAAGGUCGAUGAUGUCAAGGAACUGUUUUUAGAAGAUUACGCGAAACUCCUGGAAAACGACGAUGACGACAAAAAGGCUAAAAAGAGAGUUCGAGAACAGCAAGUGAAACGAUUUACUGUGAUGAUCACAAAUUUGGUUCCUGAACUUAGUGCUUACACUUUUGAUUGUUACGACUUAUACAUGAAAGAUAUUUUAGAUAUGACGACUGCGAACUUCAGCCAAACAUUAAGUCGUUCUAUCCGGGUGUCCAUAGCACAAGCUGUAUUUGUUUCGGAGGAAAGGCCGGAUUUGCCACCGGAUGAUAUGGCCGAGUUUUGUACACUGCUUCACACCUUCGUAUGGGUUAAUCGCAAACAGAUUAGUGACUUGAUGCAGAUGAUUUGUGUUUGUAAGCCGUUUAUAGGACUCGAAGUCCUAGCAGGUUUAAUUGAAGGCAUCCUUUGCAGCUCGGAGGAAGUGAGAUUAUCACAAACACUCCCUAGCGACCAGGAAGAAGCUUUCACAGAAACAGGAAGAUUAAGAGACAUCGUGGUUACGGCGUACUGUGAACAAAUGUUUCCUUCUCCUACAAAUGUCGAAAAGAAUGGUGGCCCCUACGCAUGGACACGAAACGCAAAUUUACUGCUCUCAUCGGCGACCAAGAUAAGUGAAUAUCCACCCGCUUUACAUUACCUACGUUUAUGUGUGGAUUUUUCCAGGAUUAUCCUACCUUUAAAUUCAUCUUUACUGAAUACUCUCAACGAAAUUGGCAUGGCCCUUAAACCUGAAUACCUCGAUAACGAUAAAUCAUUUGAAAUGGUUACUACAUAUCUGAUAGCACCACUCAAAGAGGGAAUCAGAGAUAAUGAUGAUAAGAAAGAAGCUCUACUGAAGUUUUUGGCUCUGUUCUAUGGACGUUGCAUCGACACGAAUGUUGAUGCCUUCUGUGUUCGUUCAAUAAUUGAGCAAGUUCUUUCUUUGAAGGAAUCGAAGUUUGCAAUGAUGAUGAGUCCUGUUGUGUUACGGCUACUCGAGGUGGAAGAAACACAGACGCCUGGAAUAUUUAUGGACACAAUUUCCAAUCCAAGUGCUUUGGAGGACUGUCCUUGUCUGCUGAAUAUCGACGAAGCUUUCAAAAAUCUUUGCUCGAUAGAUCAUGAUUCGUAUCCAGCGGUAAUGAUUUGUGAUUUAAUUGGACUUUUGUUGAAAUUUGAUCGUUUUAAAUCCGGAGAUCGAAGUAAGAGUGGCACUUUUAAAUUUGACGACGUUAAUAGCCCUAAUUGUGAAGUCCUUUUGCUUGCUAAAUCCGCCAUAAAUUUGAUAUCCCAAAACACUGAAGAUGAGCGUGGUUUAAGAAUACUCGCAGCCGUUGCAUUCCUUCGAAGAUUCAUCACAAAGUUAGCAGAGUUUAUUGCUAAAAACCCUGGUGUUAUGAUCAAUGACGGUCCAUAUACUCAUGUGCUGAAUGAAAUUAACUCACUGUUGAGAAAGCCAAAAAUCCCAUUACGAGAGUUCUUCGUAAAAACACUUCACAAGCACUUAAGUUUAUUUGAUUUAGAAAAGUUAUCUACACAGAACGAAGUUCUUCCAACAGUAAAAAACUUGUGGCCUAAUGAUGCUUUGUAUCAGGAUAAAGCGGUGUUUACCUCUGUGUUGAUGUUUUCCGAGUAUAAAGAGGCGAAGGUUGCUUACUUGAAAUUGUUGUCAAACGAUGAUUCAUCAAUGCGAGGGUUUUUGAAAACAGCCAAUCGAUCUCCGAACCAUGCUUUUGCUCUUCUUGGAGUUCUCAUAAACAUGAUAUACUUAAAGCGGGCUGUGCGAAGAAUCACGGAUAAAGAAGCACAAAUAGCCAUGUGGUUUGUUAACAAGAUUAAUUCGUUCCCGAGGAUGUUCCAGGAACUUUUGUUACGAAUUAUUGGCCGUCGUGAUUUCCAUUGUUCACAACUUCAACUUUCAACGGAGUCAUCAGUGAAUGAAGUAGAAAUGGCGCUAUUAAUUCUUCACGUUGCCUGCGUAGUAGCCACCAGUUCACUUAACGAAAAAAUGCCAAUUUAUUGGUACUUCACGAAACCUUUUAAAUUUACACAGCCUUGUGUUCUUGCCCAUUGUAAGGAGAUGCGUUCCGUAUUUCAACACCUACCAAGCGUCGAAGAAUCAGCCCGUGCUACCUGUUGUUCAUGUGGUUUAAGAUUGGCUUUUAAAAGCAAUAUCAAUGAAACAGUUUGUCCACACUGUCAGGAAGCAUUGAAAGAUGAGACAGAGUACAUUGCCUCUUCCGAGACGUUUUCGACUCAGUCACUACUCUCCAGUUGUUGUAAUUCAAGUUUGGAUUCGGAUCUCUGCACAAAAGAAAUGCGUCCAGCGGUUUUUCGAGCUUUACACCUCAUCGUAUACUCGUCCUAUUACGCUGGAAUUGCUCUUGGAACCUCGACGGGGGAAGAUGUGUCACGCGUUUUGAAUAUCGUACACGGAUAUGAUCCUAAAAUUGAUACCAAAAGCUCAGCAGAUUUUUGUUUUGAAAUCAUCGAAUCCGAUCUACUGCAUUUAAUGAAAAUUCUUAAUAGUCAAAAAGAUGUUGUAAUGAAAACCAUGCAUCUCGUGCUUGAAAGAAGUUCAGCUCUGAUCAGAAGUAAAGACUUACUAGGAUCAAACGACUGCUCAACACCAGAGAUGUGUCGAGAGUGGGAAGACGAGUUUGCGAAGCACACGAAAGCAGUGCUCCUGAAGUCACGAAAAUUGUCAAUGGAAAUAAAAGGGAUGAUCAAACUGCAACAGACAAACGACAGUCAAGCUAAGGUUACAUUGGAAGACUGGAUUUUGGAACUUGACGAAUAUCCUGAACAUCGUGAAGAUAAGAACCAGCAAUUAAAGAGAUUAUUUCGUAUGACGAAGCAACCAUGUUUUGAGGAUUUCCGUUCGGCAUUUUUGCAUUCUCCAGAAAAGAUUCAAUCAAAGCAUAGUUUCCUGUCCUUGUUCUUUGCAAAGUUUGAGCAAAUCAGAAUCGGUGGCCAUCUUUAUCACCUGUUGAAAUGGUCUCGGCUUGUAUCAUCAGCAUUGUCCCAUCGCGUCAGCAGAAAAGAUGCAGAAUCGAAAUCAAUCAACGACUUUAUAACUGGCCAUCUUCUACAACUAAACCGCACUCCAGAAGAAAAAAGCAGCUUGAAGGCGUCCUUUGAAAAGUUUCAAAAAGCGUGGAAUGAAGUGUGUCUGUUAGUUGACCAAACAAAUAACAAAGAGAAAAUGCCUAGUUUGAUGGAGACAGAUUAUGUAGCCUACUGUUUAACAGAAGGUGAAUAUGGUAUCCACCUUAGAAACGCUAUUGAAAUCCUGGUUUCACAUCAAAAUUCGAUCUUAGAUGCGAUAAUUUCUCUCUCAUCGCGUCACCAUCCGGCUUUAAGUUUCCUCGAACAAGAAAACUACAGCAGUGUCGCGAUCGCAUCGAUUCAAAACGUUCAAGAAAAAGAAAUAAUCAAUUUCCAAUGGUCUGAUGAGUUGUUGAAAUACACACCAAGGAAUCUCGAGUAUGGUAAAGGUCACGAAAUUGCGUAUGAUUUUGAGCGAAUAGAAAUUUGGCUUGCAGAAACAAUCGCGUUUGGAAAGUGUUAUUUGACAGGUACACUGAACGAGUUCAUAUUCGCAAAGGAACUGUUCCACUCGUAUGGUCCUUUAUUGACAGAGUUUCGACAGUUAAUAAAACCUUGCAUUACCUUGCCGAAAGAUGUACGCAAAGAUCUGGAUGAGCUAAAAGAGCAGAGGAUCAAGGACGCCCAAGAUCUUCUUCAACAUAUCGAAGUGCUCAUCUUCUUGCUUAAACGAAACUUGAAGAACAUCAACGUGGAUAUGACAUUGAAAGUUUUCACUGAAAACUGUCCCACUGAAAUCCCCUUUCCAAUAGAACUCUUACCUCAGUCUGGAAGUUCGAUCAAGAUAGAACACGUUGCUGCACUUUACGAAGCUCUUGAAGACGUUCUUGCUGAUGGUGCUAUCGAAGGACUUGAUGGAAAGUUUAGGAAGCAAAUGACAGACGGCAUGGAAAAAACCGUUACCGCUAUGACAAACAGAACGACUGGCGGUGUUCAGUUGAAGGCAAGCGAUUUCUUGAGAGUGCUUCGUCGUUUCGUUUUCCGUUACCUUUCAUCUGAAAAGUACUGGCCUGAGGAGAGUACAACGUUGCAAAAUCAUUUGAAGAAACCUUCGCUCUGGUUCCCAUUGAAACCACCAAAUAUGGAUGACAUCCCGAAAGAGAUUACCCUAGAAUACAUCUACUCCAUAGUGAAGUAUCUUGAAGAAGAGAAAAAAAAGGCAAAUACAUCAGGGAAAGUAACCAACUUUGGCGGCCGACGUCAGCUUAGAAAGGUGUCGCAUAUAGCAUGACAUAAAAUGACACAGCCUCAUUUAUAGAUAGGCGACAUAAUGCUUUAAUUAUUCUUAAGGUAGCGUUGUAAUGAAGAUUUAAUAUGUAACCAUAGGUAUUAAAGGUAGAUAAUUAAUUGAAGUGAAUACAAUGUGACGUGAAAUGUUAAACUUGAAAGCUACAGUUCCAGAUUUUUCGAAGAAAAAUCGUGAGCGAUGCAUGGGCGUGGAAAAAAACACGCAGUUUUGAGAACCGACAGCUAAAAUCCUAAACGUUUUUAGAAAUUAAAUACCAUUAUAUCCUGCCAGAAAAAAAGUCAAAUUGAAGGUUAAAACUGGCUAAAGCUCAGUCAUUAUGGUGUCAUUAAAGUUGUAUUCACUUCAUUAUGUACUACGUCAAAUGUUCACAGUAUAGUGGAUCUAUUGACAAAACCAUGGUAUGAAAUGAAACACACUCCGAUAAACAAAGACAUCUUACAAACCCAAGAUUUGAUUUAUAAAGGCCUAUUUACACUACCAUUUGUGGUAUACGAUUCGUACCCUGGCGUAUGUGAACGUAAGAACACACGUACAAACGUGACACUUUAAAUUCCACACUGAACAAUAUGAAUGAAGAUUGUGAUAUAGGCCCUCUUUUACAUCCGUCAGAAUGAUAAUUGCAUACAACUUAUCGUGUAGUCUAAAUAGGCCUUAAAAAGACAAGAAGCGAUUAUUCAAUUGGUGAUAUUUCGACUCUAUUUCAGAAUCAUUGUCAAACCAGACACCAGACUAAAUUAUUUACAAGCUUGUUAGGUCUGUAUACAGGAAAGAUGACGUUAUCAACUAGAGGAGAUGAGAAUGUUAGGUGUUAUAUUACAAUUGGCAACAAAGAUUACAGAGACACAAUUAAUUCCAUGAAAAUAAGAAAUGAUUCUGAAAUAAAGUCGAAAUAUCACCAUGGAAUUGGAUAAUAACGUCUUGUCUUUCUUAUAAAUCAAAUCUUGCAUGGGUUUGUAAGAUGUCUUUGACUUUGUUUAUCGUAGCAUGUUUUAUUUUAUACUUUUUGAAAUUGUCUUCUAGUAAAGAUUUUAAAUCAUAGUAUACCACAGUAUAGUGGACCUUUUAAAAAAACAAAAAAAAAUGCUAGAAAUAGUGACUGUAGUAAGUCUUUGUAGAUGAGGAGCUGCCUCUUAUCCCGGCUCUUGUGAGGAUUGGCACAUUUUGACAAUUUCCCUUUGGAGCCUGAUGAUACAUCAAUGAGAACAAUUGCAUGUAUGCAAUAUAAAUGAGAGGCGACCUCUAGUAUGUAGCUUUUCCACUUUCAACAUAAUUGCACAUAACAAUGUUUUGUUAUUGUUGUUUUAGUAAUCAAACUAUAACAUAUUAAACUGCUUUGAUUUUAUGCUAAAGAA